CCAACGAGCAAUUUGUGUCAGCCAAGCCGAGUGAUUUACGCCCAUACCCUGCUAGACUCAGCCUUUAUGGCCGGUAAUUUGGCGGGGCGCGAAUCCCCGUCAACGAACUUGAGCCCAGUCGCUGGGAUCGGGUGCCGACGACAGGGCAAAGGCGGGGAGAGUGCAGUUUGAGCCCGGUGAUGUAGCAGGACUCACAGUGGGGAACGGUCCAAGAGCAAGAUCUGUUGGUGAUGAAACUGCACGUUGGAAGGCCAACCCCCUCUGUCACGAUAGCAGACAUCGUCAAAGUUUGAACGAGGCAAGACGUGUGGAUGUCUUCAGUAUGUCCCAUCAUAUCACAUAGCUGAUUGAGAAGGUUUCAUGAUCGGUUACCAACGUCUCAAACUGUAAACAGAGAUAGUUCAACUUAUCACGUGUGCGACACAGGACCAGUGCCGUGCCUACUUCAGUGAGCUUCUCAUCUCGUCCUGAACUUCGCUGCCUCCCCCGGUGCGCCCCCAUGUGGACAUCCCCUCCCCCCAUGGAUGAGACAGAGAUCGCCAUGAACGUCAAGACCAGCUUCUCGGUGAAGGACAUACUGGACAUGCCGCAAGCGGCGGCCGUGGUGGCCGCGGCGGCGGCUGGUGAGGCGACCAAGGCCAGGUCCUGCCGUGUGGGCAAUGGUGGUUCCCCCACAGUAGCCCUACAGGACGGGGCCACUACUAUCAGCUCCCAUGAGCAGGCCAACAUGAACUCUUUCUACGACGCUAGUGAUAAUCCUUACACACGAUGGUUACAGACCCAAGGCUCCGAUUUAAUGCCUUAUUCCUCUCUCGGCCAGACAGCCAAUUCACCGAACUCCACUUCAGCUAAAAGCACUUCCAGCACCGUCAACACCACCACGACUUCCAACAAGACUUCUCCGCCUGUAACCACAGACAUCAGCAACGGCAAUCUGAGUGGCAGCGGCAGCGACGAUGAUGAGUCGGCCAACCAGGACUCGUCUUCCUCCGACCCCCCGAAGAAGAGGAAGAGGCGGGUUCUCUUCUCCAAGGCCCAGACUUACGAACUGGAGCGGCGGUUCCGCCAGCAACGGUACCUGUCAGCCCCGGAGAGGGAGCACCUGGCCAGCAUCAUCCGCCUGACCCCAACCCAGGUCAAGAUCUGGUUCCAGAACCACCGGUAUAAGUUGAAGCGCUCCCGCCAGGAGAAGGGACUGGACAUGAAUCCACUGCCGUCCCCUCGGCGCGUGGCCGUGCCGGUCCUGGUUCGGGACGGGAAGCCGUGUGGGGCCGGUAUGAACGGUGCCGCCAGCGCGGCCAUGGCCGCGGCGCCCUGCAUGGGGCCUAAGUCACACCACGAGAUGAUCGCCACUACAGCGGCCACUGCCCCGCCACCCCUGCAGCACAUGCAGGCCUACCCCUCACAGUGCAGCUACGCUGCCGCGCCCUACAGCAGUUACAGUACCUUUUCAGGCAUGUCGAACAAUAUGCAAUACUCAGGCUCGAUGGCUCAGCCUUGGACAUGGUGAAGAUCCAGAUCUGCACCCUGAAUUUUUGCCUGCCCAUCGAGCAAGGAAGUGAAACCCUCAAUCCCGGUGUGUGUUCAAACGGAUACGCACGAAGUAUUUCAAACAACACCGUAUCAACUAUUGGUUGAUUAAAUGAUGUCACCUACCUGCUGUACAUACUAAAAUGUCUUUGCUCCCCUUGGCGGAGAGCGUGGGUGUUGCCCUUGCUGGAUGGCCGGUGCUCUUUGACAAAGUCCCUUCCUCGUUUUUGUCCACGUCUUGGAUGGAUUCCUCGUUCGCCGGUUGACUGAGCACGGACUGUCCUAGCGUCCGUCCGCUUAGGCUAUCGUGGUUCUGGGGAAGGAUUUGCCCAGCUGCAAGGGACAGUGUACAACACUUCGAUGGGUUGGUUCGUGGUUAAUGACAUGGAAAAUCGCCUCGCACACAUGUGCCUCUGGUACUCCUGAAAUGUCCGAGGCUUUUGACAUUUGUUACCCUGACUAAAGAUCCCUUAAAAGGACAUGCAGUCGUCGUAUCCGAAAACCAAGAACCGAUGGCUUUGUGUGAAUCACUAAACAGUGUUCGUACAAAGAAACAAAACAAAAACCAACAAGUAGACCAAAGAUCUACAUGUAUAUUUAACAAGCUAGGUUAAGAUAAAGCUUUCAGAACUGAAAUCAUUUCCACAAUCACUUAAAAGAAAUUAUGCUGUUCUGUUUCAGUUCAUUUGGGGAAAUAAAGGAAUAAACCAGUUUUUGCUGUUGUGGUACUUCCCUAAAACAGAUUGCAAUGAGAUAAGGUCUAGAAAGUAGGCAACAUUACACACGUCGGGCCCCUGUCGGUGUAGGCUUUCAGUUCAUAUUUCACAACCACGGAACAAAAAGAAACAUUUUGAAAAGACCUUAUUCACAGGGAAGCCAUUUUUUGAUCUGGCUCCUUGAAUCUGUCAUAUUGAGUGUAAUCUGUUAUGGGAUGAUGCCAGAUUAUCUUGGGUUCCAAGCCUCACUUUCCCCUUUUUUUUUCAAUGUGGCUUAAACAUUUAGAUAAAACAUUUCACAGAUUUUAAGUUAUCCUGAGCCUAAACUGGCAUGACUUUUUAAUGACCUUUUAUUUAGUUCCUGUUAUUAGAAUGAAAAGUUAACCUCAUUUUUAUUUCAAGAUGUCCGACACAUGACUAUACAUCUAGUCUAUUACAUUCUGCACUGUGAUGCAUUACUUUUUUUAGAAGGCAUGCAGUCACUUUCUGUUCAGGAGAACCCUAUCGGUAAAGGUCUUGAAUGUGUUUCUACAGGCGUAUCCUAAUCUCGGUUUCACUCUUUCGCGUUGAGGAUGAGGAAGAUGACCAAUUUUAAGUUAAGGGUGUUACGUAGUAAAAAGCCAUCUCCUUUGACAUCUGAGCCAGCGUGGUCUUACAGACAUCAGCCGAAUUAAUUGUAUUUCAUUUCAAAUUAGCAUCCACCCUAUUUUCUGCUCGCACACUAUGGAGCCUUUUCUGCUCCCUUCCCCGUAAAAUGCUGGACAGGUGUGAGCGGUGAAUAGGUGCAAAAUGCGAUUUGGGCAAAGGGUCACAUUCAGAGACAGUGGCUUGGUGGUCUUCUUAUUCUACCCCUUGACAAAAGACGGAGCCUCGAUAGGCCAAAGAUACCCCAAGAGAACACCGCUAAUUCACACCGUCAUUCUUCUUGUUUUGAUGAGUCCUCUUGUGCCCUCAAAGGCCUCCGCAAUAUAGCCCAGCCCCACCAAAAAAAAAA